AUUAUCCAUAUUGAUUGUAUAAAUAAUUUCGGUGUCAGUAUUACUUCAGCAGCUGAAAGAUCAAUCAAGAUGAAAACCUUCAUUGCCUUAGCUAUCCUCGUCGUGGGCAUCAAUGCCACAGCCCUGCCUGGGUUAAACUCGGAGACAGCUAAUGAAAGAAGCGCAAGAUUCAUAACGGAUAAUAUUGUCAGCGAAAUUGAAAACGUCAGCCAACAGAUCAAGGACGCGGGUCUAGACCCCCUACAUAUUGAGAGAGAGGUCCUCGAGUAUGCACUACCUGUACCUGUCAUCUUCAACGCGAACGCGGUUUUAGAGGAUAUUGUGAGCACCGGCCUGAGUGACAUCGUGAUCAACAACAUCAACUUUAGCCUCUUGUCCGCUCGUCUAGACCUCGAACUUGAACUGCCUUACAUCCACGUUUUUGCUAGAAAUAUCAACGCUGAUGCUACCCUCUUCGGCAACACCCUGUCUGUCCGUGGUGAUGGCAGAGUCGACGUCCGCAAUCUGGUAAUAAAGUUGGAUGUGAGGGUCAACAUCGGCAUCAUCUCAGGUAUCUCCAUUAGCAGCGUCACCGCCGACCUCUCUAUUCCUAACAUAUCUAGCAACAUCAGACUGGCUAUCCAGGGCCAGAACUACGGCGAACAGGUCAACGAACUGAUCGCCAAAACUAUUCCUGAUACCCUGAACGAAUUCAACGAGGAACUUAACGAGCUCAUCGGCAUCAUCGUCAAGGAUAUUAUCAACGACAAUCUGUGAACACGAUACGUGGACAUGGCCUGAAUAUUUAUUACGAACAAAAGACUUAUUAAAUUCAUUGAAACUACAA